AUGGCUAGUUCAAUAAUUGAUCCGUCCAUUCAAAAACAAUUGGUUGUUCCUGGUACAGUUUUAACUAAUGAUACAUCAAAUUUUAUGAGAGGCCAUGGUACUUAUUCGGAUACGACUAGGAAUCAUUUGAAAGCUUCGAUUGCUGGUGUUGUUAAUAAAGUUGAUCGAUUGUUAUGUGUUGAACCAAUUGAAAAUACACGUUAUUUGGGUGAAGUUGGCCAUGUCGUUAUUGGACGUGUACUUAAAGUCGAUCAGAGUCGGUGGGUUGUUGAUAUACAAUCACGUUUAGAUGCUUAUUUACCGUUAGCUUCAGUUAAUUUACCGGGUGGAGAAAAUCGACGACGUAUAGAGGAUGAUGAAAGAAAUAUGCGACAAUAUUUAAAGGAAGGUGAUUUAUUUUCUGCUGAAAUUCAACAAAUCUAUCAAGAUGGCACUUUAGCACUUCAAACUCGUAAUUUACGUUAUGGAAAAUUAGGUGAAGGAAUCUUAGUACAUGUUCGUUCAUCGCUUGUCAAACGUACAAAAAAUCAUUUUCAUAGCUUACCCUGUGGUGCAUCGGUUAUUCGUGGUUGUAAUGGUUCCAUAUGGAUAUGUCCACCGGCAUCAACAGCGUCAGACACCAACUCUGUUGAUACAGGUGGUUAUGUGAAAAAUAUUGAAUCUGUUAGUAUUGAUGUUCGAAAAACAAUUGUACGUUUAAGUAAUUGCAUUCGAAUUCUCAAUCAACUUGGUUUACAAAUCUUCGAUACAAGUAUAAUGGAUAUUUAUGAACUUUCAUCGGAUUAUGAAAUCGAUGAUUUAAUACAACCGAAAAUAAUACAAACCAUUUCGAAACAUUUACAACAACAAAAGGGAAUAAUUAACGGCGUGGGAGGAGUAUCGGGAGGCAAUGGAGUUGAUCCCUAUUCUCAUCAUAUGAAAGAAGAAUAA